UACAGGUAACACAGCACUGCACCUAGCAGUUAUGCUAGGGAGAAAAGAAUGUGUUCAUUUACUGUUGGCCCACAAUGCACCAGUAAAGAUAAAGAAUAGUCAAGGCUGGAGUCCAUUGGCAGAGGCGAUCAGCUAUGGUGAUAGGCAAACAAUUACUUCGCUACUGAGAAAACUGAAACAGCAAUCCAGAGAAGCACUCGAGGAGCGAAGACCAAAACUCACUGAUGCUCUUAAGCAACUGGGAGACUUUUACAUGGAAUUGAAGUGGGAUUUCCAGAGCUGGGUGCCGCUUGUAUCGCGCAUACUUCCCUCUGAUAUUUGUAGGAUCCACAAGAGAGGUAGUAGUAUCAGGAUGGACACCACUCUGCUGGACUUUAACGACAUGCGGUGGGAGAGGGGUGACAUUUCAUUCAUCUUUGACGGGGACGCCAAGCCGUCACACUCGCUUACCGUGCUUGACAACCGCGUUAACUCCUAUCAGAAGAUCAGAUAUGAGGAGUCGGAGGUAGAAAUAGAGGAAGAGGUGGAUAUUCUGAUGUCAAGUGACAUAGUGGCUGCACAGAUGUCCACAAAGUCUAUCACAUUCUCACGUUCUCAAUCGGGAUGGUUUUUCCGAGAAAACAGAACGGAACUCGUGGGUCCAUUCUCUGCUGACUUCUAUGCAAUCAACGGCAUGAACCUCGCGUCGCGCAAGCGGCGUGAGCAUCUGUCCGAAGAGGACCUUCAGAAGAACAAAGCUGUCAUUGAAAAUCUGAGCAAAGGCAACACGGCCGUUAUUGACACGACGCUGGAGACGAACGUGCAACAACACAAGCGAAACUCGUUACCACCUCCUCCGCAGGCGGAAGUUACGUGGGAGCAUUACAUUAGCACAGUGCCGGCGCCUCAUCCUCAUCUUGGCCGACAACUCGUCUACAAGGAAUCAUUAAAGGGAUUCAGGGCAACGGUGGCCAUGAGCAAAGAGUUCCCACUGUCAAUCGAAGUGUUACUGGAUGUCUUGGAAGUGAUUGCCCCGUUCAAGCACUUUAGCAAACUAAGGGACUUUGUUCAGAUGAAGCUGCCUCCAGGUUUUCCUGUCAAGAUAGACAUCCCAGUUUUACCUACGAUCUCAGCCAGAGUGACGUUUCAGGAGUUUCAUUUCCGGGAUGAUAUUCCAGCCAGCUUGUUCCAGAUCCCUCGCGAUUACCAGGAAGACUGUGGCCGCUUCCCGGAGUUAUGACAGCUAGAGGAACACUGGGCAAUUGUUGGGGUUCUUGAUAGCAUGAGAUACUUACAACGAGCACCAAUACAACUACGGCGGCGCCACCACCUGAGCUGUCUACCGGACUAUCGUUGCUUGCAGAGCGAGCAGAUUAUUGCAUUUGACGUUCCCAUGGUAAUGAUGGGGUCUAGUUUUGACUGUACCAUUAUUGCAUUUGUACCACGGUAGCCUCAGUUGUUGUUGCUGUUGCUGUUGUACACAGCGAACACAACCUACACUAUUAAGUUAAGCUAACCUCAUAAGCAAACCAUACAAAUGCGGUGAUGUACACUUCUUUUGUGUCUAGAUCACACGCAGUGUACAUAAGAAGAUGCAGUUUCUUUAGCAUGACGUUCACUUGCUUCUUCAACCUUCUUGAUCUAUCACUCUUUGGUUUAGAGAAUGGGGAACUAUGUGACUUUUUACUGUUCUAUAGGAGUUUUGUAUAUAAUGUGAUACAAUUAAUUAUACUGUGUGCACUAUAUGGUUUGCCGACUAAGCUUGACAUGAGAUUAGGUGGUUGGUGGUGAGCUUGCAUCAUCUAAAUUUCACUUGUAUGUGACUUUCUACGAGGAAAACCAGUAGUACUUAUAAAAGAGACCUCGGUCACUUGAGGUCUAUUUUGUGCUCGAAAUUGUAAUCGUAAUCAGCUGUAGUAUAUUAGACCCAUAUUAAUUUAUAUGUAUACAUUAUUUAUGUAAUUUAUUGCCGUUAUUAAUCUUAUCAGCUCUCAUGAGUGUGUCAGCGUGAUAGCUGACGUGGGUGUUUUGUGUAGAAUGUUAGAUUGAUAACCGAUAUCCAUUAACUUAUGUGACCCUUUGUCCCAGUUGUCUAUGUAAAAUACUGAACGUUUUUCUUUC